AUGAGGCAAUCAACUAAACGAAGUAUUCGCAUUUGCGGAGCCUCUGACUCUGCAUUGGACCGACGUGAUGCCUUUGAGCAAGUGUGCAAUUCUGACAGCCAGUUCGAUGUCUUGAUUGGAGACUGGCUGUCUGAGGGCAAUAUGCCGUCUUCAGUGACCCGGAAGUUGAGUGGCACCGCGGCGGGCUACGAGACUUCUUUCUUAACUGCAUUAACUCCUGCCCUCCCAGCUAUUGCACGCAAAGGCAUUAAGGUUAUCGUGAAUGCUGGUGCCUCUGACCCGCAAGGCCUCUUCAAUGAAAUAUCAGGAGAUGAGAUACCAAUUGAAGGAGAGCUGCUGAAAGGGGUAAAUGAAUUAACUGAUCUUGCCACCGGUGAUAAGGUGGAGAAGUUCGCUACAGCUCCCAUCCACGCUCAGGCCUACCUGGGCAGCUUUGGCAUCACUAAGGCAUUGGAAAAGGGCGCAGAUAUCAUUAUCGGCGGGCGCGUGGCCGAUGCCAGCCUUGCUAUUGGUGCUGCGAUAUGGUGGCAUGGGUGGAAACGAGAUCAACUUUCAGAAUUAGCAGCCGCCCUCGUCGCAGGUCAUCUCGUCGAGUGUUCAACCUAUGUUACUGGCGGAAACUAUAGUGGAUUUAAGGAUAUCCCCAAUAUCACGAACUUGGCGUAUCUCAUUGUGGAGAUUGGCUCGAAGGGCGAAGUGAUUAUCACGAUCGGACCUCCUCAGAUAACACGGACAUACCCGAUGCAACAGCCCAGCAGCGAUGCAAAUUAUCCUGCCGAAGACUUUGGCCCCACCACUCGCGGCCCGCUCGGUUGGCUUGUUCACUCCCGAUCUGGGGACAAAGGGGCCAAUGCGAACGUCGGAUUUUGGGCCCGCAACGCGGAAGAGUACUUGUGGCUGCGCCAGCUGCUAAGCAUUUCCAAGAUCCAGGAGUUGCUGGGCGAAGAAUACAAGGAGGCCAGAAAGAUCGACCGGUUUGAGCUGCCCGGGCUUAAUGCGGUCCACUUCUUGCCACACAACCAUUUAGACCGUGGGAUAAACAGUACCAGCACGUAUGACACACUGGGGAAGAAUCUGGCGGAGUAUCUGCGGGCGCGAUUUGUGGAUCUCCCGGUGCAAUUCCUAGACCAGGGGAAAGUCUAG